ACUGAACUGAACUAAAGAAAAAAGAAAAGUAUUGAGUACUCUACCACUGCUGGCUCCGGUCUGUUUUUCUCUUGGGUCGCAAACCAACACUUGGUGUCAGAAGUGGGAUGCGACGCUGAUGUGCAGAUAACUGCUAAUUAUGGGUCCAAAGCAGCAGACAAAAGGCUCUAAAGCUGCAGAAUCGGCUCCAGUGGAGGAAGCAGAGCAGGAUGGAGCUACAGGUCAGCAGACUUGGCAGUUCAGUGAUGAAACAGCAUCKGUGGACAUGAAGAACAUUGCUGCCAUGCUGGAAAAAUGUCUUCAGUUCCAGAGUGACUUUGUUGACAGAUGGGAUAAAGAAGAGGAUAAGCAAGAAAGGAGAUGGCACCAGAUGCAGGUUGAAGUUAACAAUCUGAGAGAUGACUUGGAGAAGAAGCAGAAAACUGAAAUUUGUUCUCAUUCAGGCUCCUCUUCAGAAGAUGAUUUAGAGCCAGCUUCUCGGCAUAAAUCUAGAGGCGAGCCAAAACAAAGAGUCUGGACUCAAUCUGAUAUUCCAAAGUUUGAGGAGGGAGAGGACAUUGAACAGUAUCUGACAACCUUUGAAAGGUUAGCAACGGCAUACCAAUGGCCUGAGAGGGACUGGGCAGUAAGGUUGGUACCUCAUCUCACCGGCAGAGCCCGAGCAGCGUAUGUGGCUAUGGCUGCAGAGGAUUCCUGUGACUAUGGUGAAGUAAAAGCAGCCAUCUUGACAAAGUAUGAAAUUAAUGAAGAAGUGUACCGACAACGCUUUAGAGAGCCAGAGGUCCGUGUGAAUGAAACCCCCCGAGAGUUCUACAACCGUCUGAAAGACCUUUACUUGAAGUGGAUACAGCCUCAGAAGAGAAGAAAGGAUGAGAUUGGGGAGAUCCUGAUCCUGGAGCAGUUCUAUAAUUCUCUGUCACCAGAGCUGAGAGUAUGGGUCAAAGAGAGGAGCCCAGCAUCGGCACAAGAAGCAGCAGAACUGGUUGAAAACUUCCUGGCUGCAAGACGGGGACCAAAAACCUUCCGAUACAACCUUCAACAAAAGUCCAGCUUAAUGCAGAGUAAGUCUGUGGGGUUUGGUUUGGGUGGUGGUCCAAGUCAGAUGGCAGGGGCGAGAAUUCACCCUUGAGACUGACCAUCGUGCACUAAAAUGGUUGGAGGCCAUGAAAGACACAAACAGUCGCAUCACACGAUGGUUCCUGUCUCUUCAACCUUACCGGUUCAAGAUAGGUUACAUUCCAGGAAAGGAGAAUACAGUUGCAGACUUCUUGUCUCGCUGUGGUCACAGCGAGUCUCCUGAAGGGGAGGGAAGUGUGAGGGAUUUGCCCCCUCCCUAACAGGUGCUGUUUUUGUGUUUUAUAAAUUCUAAUUUAUUUGUGUAAAUGUAUUGUUUUGGGAAGUACUUUGAUUUAUUUACUUGUUUUAAUCCUCUUCUCUCUUUGAGGUCACCUGGUCAUGUGUUGCCAUGGAAGCGCGCCCAUGAGCAGUGCUGACAAGGACCUGGUGAUACCAAUCAGCCUCAUUGGGAAAAUCCAUUUUCUGAGAGGGAGGAGAGAUGUAUUUUGAAUUUUGUUUGGGCCCAGAUAGUUUUUGUUUGAGUUAAUUGUAACUGUAGACAUUGUUUAGGAAUAGUUUAGUGCAAAUGUUUGUUUGUUUCUGUCUGAAAAUGUGAAUGUCUCCACCCCUCCAAUUAGUCCUGGUGGGAGCCAAUCAUUUAAAAGCCAGAUGGUUCAGGUGAAAGGAAGUUUUUUUGCUCUUCUUGUUGUGGCCUGAUAUGCCAUGCUGUAUACUGAACUGAACUGAACUGAACUAAAGAAAAAAGAAAAGUAUUGAGUACUCUACCACUGCUGGCUCCGGUCUGUUUUUCUCUUGGGUCGCAAA